AAUUGGGCAUCACUCAGGACCCACAACCCCUCCCAAACUCUGUAAAGGGCACACAGUGCCUUCCAAAGCCACCAAUUAACACUCUAGUCCCCCCAGGAUCCUCCUGAAUCCCACCCACGGGACACAAAAAACCCUCAAUAUCCCACACGGGGAACCCCAAAACACCCAUGGGAAUCCCCCCGCAACUUCGAGUGACCUCGACAUGGCUUCAUAUGUGGUCCUAUCUGCUAGAAUGGGGUCUUUUCCAGAGACUGACAGUGGCGUUGCCGUUUUCCUUCUUGUAUGGGGUUGAAAAUACAAACGCUAAAUGGGAAGAUGAGGAUUCUGUUGCAGUUCCCGUAUUUCCAAGAAAACUUCCCAUCCUGCGGUAUUCGUGGCGUUUUUACUGGCAUUGGUGGAAAGAGGUGGUUUGCAUUUUUAGGUUGCCUUCAGCUUUCUGGCUGGCUUUGCAAAUCUGGCUUGUGCUGUGUGCCCUGAGGAAAGGUGGGCCUUGACCCUGGGAGCGUUGCUGCUUCAAAGCGCUAGCUCUUGAGAGAGCUUCUGUUCAGUCCAAGUGUUUGUCAGGUACCAAGCUUCCAAGGCCAGGCUGGCAAGAAGUUCUCUUUUCCAGCUACGGUCCAUGUUCCUGGCAAGAAUGCCUUACAGUGAGCAAUAGACACUGCUGCUGGGUUGGAAAACUUGCUUUCUCCGUCUAUUUUCCGGUUGGCCAAAAGUCUCUUGCCCUUCUUUGCUUUCUUUUGCAAGCUCGGGCUCUUUCCUAGUCCCGGUCCCCCCCACGUCUGUGAUGUCAUUAUGGGGCACGUUCCAGAGCCAGCAGACAGGCAGGGCUUCUACUACGACGCCAGAGGGAGGGCAAGGACAAAGUGCCGUAAGCACCCCAGAGUGGCAGAAGCGUCUCCCACUGCCUCAGGCUUGGAGGUGGGCGACAGCUUGCCUGGCGGCGCAUACUCCUCCUCCUCCCCCAGGGAGAGGAAGAUGAGCGCUGUGGCUUACACCGCCUUCCACGGGCUUUGCCCGGAAGGGACGCCAAGCGACGUGACCAUCAGCGUGGACGGCGUUGAAUUCAAUGUGCACAAGACGGUGCUCUCCAACUGCAGUGCGUACUUCGGCGAUGUGUUCUCCAGCAACUGCAGCAGUGCCGACAGCAGCGUCUAUCAAAUCCACGGCGCUUCCCCUGAAACCAUGGGGCUCCUCAUCCAGUACGCCUACACCGGCACAGUGCCCCUCAUGGAGGACAACGUUGAAAGUUUGCUCGUGGCAGCAGAUCGGUUCAACAUCCUGGGCAUCGUCAGCCUCUGCUGCCACUUCUUACAAGCCCAGCUGUGCUCGGAAAACUGCAUCGGCAUCUGGAGAUUCACCCACUAUUACUACUGCGCUGACCUGCAAGAAGCGGCCCACGAGUUCACCCUGCGUCACUUGGAGGAGGUGACCAGGGUGUCCGCAGAGUUUCUGGAGCUCUCCUUCAAUGACCUGCAACGCCUGCUGGAGAAGGGGGAGCUCCCUGUGAGAGAAGAGGCCAUGCUGGAGGCCGUUCUCACCUGGGCUGCUCAUGACCUGCCCAACAGGAGGCAGCACAUUGUCUUCUUGCUGAGCAAGGAAGGCUGGAGGAGUGGACAGAAGGGAUUUUUCUUCUUAAAAUAA